AACGUUUAAAAUCAAUACUAUGUAGUGCAUCGAUUGUAAUUUCAGAGGGAUGCUGUUUUCUGGCAGACAAUGCACAUUCGUUGAGCUGCCCCGUGUUGCCAAAACAUUUUGCCAUGAUGCAGACUUUUCGAACCUGCCAUUGAAAUUGAAAGAUAUGUUAACACUACUGGAAAACACAAUGCAUGAACUUUCCGAAGAGGAGAAACUCGUAAAGCGCGAUGCGGACGCGGUGAAGAUGACUAUAAAGGAUUGCAGUGAUACACUCGCUCGCCUUAUCGACAAACUGCAAGACCAAGCAUUUGAGGCUGUAGAAAAAUUAAAAACCUCCAUAACAAAAGACAUUUUAACCCAAAAGAAACUUUGUGAAAGCUUUCAUGCCAAGUUAGAAUCAAUUUGCAAUGUCGUCGCGGAUGAAAGAGUUGAUGACACAACAGCGUUCAUUGGCCUUACAAAAGGAAAAACACUAUUAUCUUCUGCUAGGCAGCUUAUUACGGACACGGAAGCAAGAUUGAGAUGUGGUAUUGAAUUUCACACUGAUAAAGAACUCCAUAAGAUGUUAUCACAAAUGCAAUACUUUGGAACAGUCAAUAGCAUUGAACGAAAAUUCCGAUUAGCGGAAAAAUCAGAAGUAAACAUAACACUUUCUGGAGAUACCACACCGCGAUGCGAUAUCACAGCGAUGUGCGAGCUCCCGAAUGGAAUGCUUGUUCUAGUUGACGCUGCUAACAGUAAGCUGAAGGUUUUCAACGAGUCAUUACAGCAUCUGUCUCAGCGCUAUUUAACGAGUCCACCGUUAGAUAUGUGCGUGAUAGGGGAAAGUGAACUUGCAGUGGUCACAUGCGGGGAAGCUCAUUUUUACAUCGUGAAUGAAAGCGGCUUGGGACAAGAGAAGUCAAUCAAAAUAAGCAAUCAGUCGACUGGUAUUGCGUACUUUGACUUUCAUCUUUUUGUUGCAAGGAAGACGGCACUUUAUAAGUACUCUUUGGAUGGGAAAAUUAACAAGCGAAUUUAUAAAGACGGGGCCGCGGGUGGAAAAGUAACAAUGUCACGUUGUGCCAUUGGCCGAGAUGGUAAGUACAUUUACGUUACCGGACCCGACUGCCAAGGAUUGCUAAUAUUGGACAUCUCUGGCAACAGACUGGCCUUCAUCAAACACAAUUACCUAUAUUCUCCACAAGGCUUGCACGUGGCACCAGGUGGUCAGGUUUUCGUAUGUGGAACAGGGUCUCAAACGGUAAUGCAACUGGACAGAGAGUGGAGUCGAUUGGUUAUGGUGGCAGAUGGCGAUAAUGGACUGACAUCGCCUCGUAGUGUUGUGCUGUCAAACCGGAAGUCGUGUUUGAUCAUUGGACAAGAAGCAACUGAGAAAAUACUUGUUUUCCGCGUUACAUAGAGUAAACAUUUAGACGACAAUGACAUUAUGGAUCAUUCCCAUGUAGUCUUGAUAAGCAACUGUUUCCUUAUAUAUAAUUUAAAGAUGUUUAGAUGGAAAACGAACGACCUGAAGUUGCUUCUUGUCUCGUUUUUAAAUGUUUAGGAAUACUGUGUACACACAUAAUCAGAUAAUGUUAUAAUUUUUGAAGAAAUGAAUAUUGAUAUACUUAAUUCUACUUAUUAUCAAUGUUUCAUCCAAAUUUGAAGCUUUAUUACCAAACAAAUGCCAAUAUAUUGCAUUUUUGCUUAACUUUAUUUGUACGUAUGUUUAUGAGUUUGUAGAUGUAUGAUCAAUAUUUGUUUUAAUAUGGCAUGUAUACUUUAUGGAUUCUUUAAUCGACGUUAAUGUAAAGUAUUUGAUUAAAUAUAUGAUAGAUUACAGAGAGGCGUCUUUUUUGUGUUGUUCGUCCGUGUCGAUCUAUUUGGCAAUUGAUUACUGGUCAUAAAAAAAAACUCGAUUUGAUAAAAUGGCUUUACUAGAGAUUUAAAUGAACGCUCAUUAUAUUUGUAUUUACACACUAGAAACUCUUGUUUAAACAGUUUGCUAAUAAAUUGCA